AUGUCGUCUUCGACUCCAUCAACGCCGGUAGUCACGGACAAUGAUGUUGUGCUCAAGUACGUUCGUCAGCCUGUUGUGGUAGUUCCUGGGGAAGAGAAAGAAGAUGACACCCUGAGCAAGAGAAGAGAAUAUUUGCUGGAAAAAGCUACAAGAGAGGUGAGGAGUAAUCGAGGAACUAUCGAUAAAUUGAAACUUAUCGACACAAUCCAACGACUCGGAAUCGGAUACUAUUUAGAGGAUGAUAUAGUUACAUCACUACAAGAUGAGUACUCAUUCUCCUCCAAUAGUGUUCUUAAUAACAAUUCCGCGAAUGACGACCUCUUCACAACGGCCCUACGCUUCCGAUUACUUCGCCAAAACGGACUUCGGGCUAAUGCGGAUGUGUUCUCCAAGUUCAUGGACACCAAAAGUGGGAAAUUCAAGGAAUGUUUGGCAGAGGACACAAAGGGGCUAUUAAGCUUGUAUGAAGCAUCACAUUUGGGAGCUAAAGGAGAAAAAAUACUCGAAGAAGCCAAGGAAUUUAGCAAAACUCACCUCCAAGACAAGAAUAUUGAAAUCGAUACAAACGAAGCCUUGGAACUCCCGAGGCACCUUCGGAUGGAACGUUUAGAAGCAAGACGGUACAUUCAACGAUAUGCCAAACAACAAUCUCACGAUCCGGCACUUCUCGAGCUAGCGAUAUUGGACUAUAACCGUGUCCAAGCUCAACAUCAAUCGGAACUCUCUGAAAUUACAAGGUGGUGGAAGCAGCUUGGCCUAGUCGAGAAACUGAGCUUUGCACGAGAUAGGCCGUUAGAGUGCUUCUUGUGGAGUGUGGGCCUCCUUCCGGAGCCCAAAUACUCUGUGUGCCGAAUCGAACUAGCCAAGACCAUCGCCAUUCUCUUGGUCAUUGACGAUAUUUUUGACACGUAUGGAAAAAUGGAUGAACUCGUUCUCUUCACACACGCAAUUCGAAGAUGGGAUCUCGAUGCCAUCGACAUAUUGCCGGAGUACAUGAAAAUAUGCUACAUGGCACUUCACAACACCACCAAUGAAAUAUGCUACAAAGUGCUCAAGCAAAAUGGAUGGAGUGUCCUUCCAUACCUCAAAUCAUCGUGGAUAGAUAUGAUUGAAGGUUUUAUGGUGGAGGCAGAGUGGUUUAAUGGUGGGAGCACGCCGAAUUUGGAGGAGUACAUAGAGAAUGGAGUUUCGACUGCGGGUGCAUAUAUGGCUCUUGUGCACCUCUUCUUUCUAAUAGGUGAAGGUGUGACAGAACAAAAUGCACGACUCGUGAAAAAGCCCUACCCUAAGCUUUUCUCAGCUGCCGGUCGAAUUCUUCGCCUUUGGGACGAUCUUGGAACCGCCAAGGAGGAGCAAGAACGAGGCGACCUUGCAUCGAGCAUAAAUCUACUCGUUCGAGAGAAAAACUUGGCAACGGAAGAUGAGGGGAGGAAGCUAAUAUUGGAAGAGAUUGAGAGUUUAUGGAAAGAUCUAAAUGGAGAGCUCAUCUCAAAGAAUGGGAUGCCAUUGGCCAUCAUAAAAGUCGCACUUAACAUGGCGCGAGCUUCCCAAGUUGUGUACAAGCACGAAGAGGACUCGUACUUUUCGAGUGUCGACAAUUAUGUAGAGGACCUCUUUUUCACUCCCCUCCUUAUAGUUUAA